UUUGCUUCAUUCCAAAGAGAGUUUGAGGUCUAUUGGGGGAACUUAAGAAUAAAUACUCUGAAAAAAAUGCCUUCUCUGAUGAACAGAAGUUUGCCCCGAUCAUAUUGGCAAGAAACCUUUGGAGAAAGACUCCCCGCAAAAGUUGAGUGACUCUAAAAGUGUCCGUCUCCCUUUCUGGGCCUAACUGAAGCAGAGUUCAUUUGGAAAUGGAGGAUAUAGAAGGUGACACCAGGGCCUUUGUGCUCACUGGUGAGAUGGAGAGAGGCAGAAACCAUGAGACCUCUAACUCUGCCUUUUCUCUGUGAAGCAAGAAGAGAGGUGAAUUUUGCUUAAAUGUAGACUGGAACAGUCUCAGAGCUAAGCAGACCACACGUUAUUUUCUGGUUAGUCUCUUGUUUGUUAAAAACUUGAAUUGUAACCAGGCUCCUUUGUUGAAAACGAAGGCGCUAGGGCCCUGCUGUGAGAUGAUGGUUUUGUUGUGUGACCACAGAGGCUGGUUACGCACUAAUUUCCUCUAGGGCUUGUGAUGAAGUCAGUAAACCACAGCCUUCAGCAUACUCUGCUCAGGAGGCGGCAGUGGCUUCUCGGUGGUGUCUUAGCCAUGACACACAUUUGACAUGCCCUCCUUCAACCUAUUCAUAGAUUGUCUCUCUUGCUCUGCAGCAUGGACCAAAGAGAAAUUCUGCAGAAGUUCCUGCAUGAGAACCAAGAUAAGAAAAUUAAGAAAGAGGAGUUUGCCAAUGAAUUUCUGAAGCUGAAAAGGCAAUCUGCCAAGUACAAGACAGACAAAAUCUAUCCCACAACUGUGGCUGAGAGGCCCAAGAAUAUCAAGAAAAACAGAUAUAAGGAUAUCUUGCCUUAUGAUCAUAGCCUGGUAGAGCUGUCCCUGAUAACCUCUGAUGAGGAUUCCAGCUACAUCAAUGCCAACUUCAUCAAGGGAGUUUAUGGACCCAAGGCUUAUAUUGCCACCCAGGGUCCUUUGCCCACAACUCUUCUGGACUUCUGGAGGAUGAUUUGGGAACACGGUGUCCUGAUAAUUGUUAUGGCAUGCAUGGAGUUUGAAAUGGGAAAGAAAAAGUGUGAGCGCUACUGGGCUGAGCCAGGAGAGAAGCAAAUGCAAGUUGGACCUUUCUCCAUAUCGUCUGAAGCUGAAAAAAGAAAGUCUGAUUACAUAAUCAGGACUCUAAAAGCCAAGUUCAAUAGUGAAACUCGAACUAUCCACCAAUUUCAUUACAAGAAUUGGCCAGAUCAUGAUGUGCCUUCAUCGAUAGACCCUAUUCUUGAGCUCAUCUGGGAUGUGCGUUGUUACCAAGAGGAUGAUAGUGUUCCCAUAUGCAUUCACUGCAGUGCCGGCUGUGGAAGAACUGGUGUUAUUUGUGCUAUUGAUUAUACAUGGAUGUUGCUAAAAGAUGGGAUAAUUCCUGAGAACUUCAGUAUUUUUAGUUUGAUCCAGGAAAUGCGGACACAGAGACCUUCAUUUGUUCAAACUCAGGAACAGUAUGAGCUGGUCUACAGUGCUGUAUUAGAACUAUUUAAGAGACAGAUGGAUGUUUUCAGGGAUGAAUACUCUGGAACAGAGAUUCAAGCAAAGUAUUCAGUUCCUGAGCAAAAUUCCACUCUAGAAGCAGACCCUUAUCCUCUUAGCUUACCAAAAAGCUCCAUAAAAGAAGCAACAAUGAUGAACCAACAGAACAAACAAAGCACGAUGGUGGAAAAAGGAGAGACUUCUUCCUUUGACUUUAGGACUUCUGAAAUAAGUGAAAGGGAAGGGUUUGUUUUACACCCUGCUAAACAGGGCAUUUCUUUUGACUUUUUGGAGCUAAACUGUGGUUGUAAAAAUGCCGACAGAACUAUGAAAUGGGAGACAAAGACAUUUCCAAUGGCUGGGGAGCCUCUACAGAAGCAUCAAAGUUUGGACUUGAGCUCCAUUUUGUUUGGGGCAUGUCCUAAUUCAAAACCUAUAAAUGCAGCCCAAAGACAUUUUGAUUCAAAGCAGCCAAUAACACGGACCAAAUCAACUCCCUUUGAACUGAUACAGCAGAGAGAAACAAAGGAGUUGGACAUCAAGGAAGAUUUUUCUUAUUUGGAAUCUCAACCGCACAAUUCAUGUUUUGUGGAGUUGCAGGCUCAAAAACUGAUGCAUGCUUCUUCAGCAGAACUGAAUUAUUCACUGCCACGUGACCCUAAGCACCAAAUAUGUAAUGCCUCAAAUGUAAAGCAGCAUGACCCUAGUGAUUUUAGUGUACAUUCUUACAUGUCUUUAGCAGAAGACCCCUAUUUUUCACCAUUGCCUCCAGGUAGUGCUGGUUCUAAGAUGUCUCUUGAUUUACCUGAGAAGCACGAUGGAGCUGUUUUUCCUCGUUCUUUGUUGCCCACAUCCUCUACAACCAUAUUCUCUUAUUACAAUUCACAUGAUUCUUCAGCACCGAAUUCUCUGACUAAUUUUCCCCCACUGCUGAACCAAGAGACAGUAGUAAUGGCAACUUCUCCGAAGACAGAUGAUGAAGUCCCCCCUCCACUGCCCGAACGGACACCUGAAUCUUUUAUUGUGGUUGAGGAAGCCGGAGACAUCCCACCGAGUGCUCCCAGGCCCCUAUCUUCAGUCGUGAAGGUAAAAACAGGGACAUCACUGGAAUGGAGUGGAACAUCUGAAUUUAAGAAAUUUGAUGACUCUGUGAGACUUAGACCAACCAAGAGUGUAAAACUUCGUAGUCCCAACUCAGAUCUACAUCGAGAUCAUUCUUCUUCCCCACCACCUCCACUCCCAGAAAGAACCCAAGAGUCCUUCCUUCUUGCUGAUGAAGACUGUAUGCAGGCCCAAUCUGUAGAAUCUUAUUCUACUACCUGUCCUGACACCAUAGGAAAUUCAACAUCUUCAAAACAGAUAUUGAAGACUCCUGGGAAAAGUUUCACAAGGAGUAGGAGUUUGAAAAUUUUACGGAAUAUGAAAAAAAGUAUCUGUAACUCCUCCCCACCAAGCAAACCUGCAGAAUCUGUUCAGUCAAGUAACUCCAGCUCCCUUCUGAAUUUUGGUUUUGCAAACCGUUUUUCAAAACCCAAAGGACCAAGGAAACCACCACCAAGUUGGAAUAUUUAAUUCUACUUUGGAUUUAGGCAACAGUUACAUGCUUGGCUGCUAACUGAAACGCUGAUGGUUCGAACCUACCCAACGGCUCCAGGAAGAAAGACCUGGUGAUCUACUUCUGUAUGGAUGACAGUCAAAAAAAUCCUAUGGGUCAGUUCUCCUCUGGCACGUGGAGCCACUAUGAGUUGGAAUUGACUUGACGGCACGCAACCACAACAAAGCUGCAAGUUUAUCUGCAAAUAAAACUACUAGAAUACUGCUGACUAAAAUAAGUGUGGUCUAUAUUAAUAUCAACAAUGAAAAUGUGCUAAUGUGUUGAAUAGCUUUUAAAAGAAAAGCGGUAUGCAAAUAAAUGCCAUAAGUUGAGCAUUUUCAUCUCAUUUACCCUGGGUUGGAAAUAGCGAAUAAAAUGUGUCACUUGUGCUUAUAUGAGUAUGCUCUUUGAGAAACACACUGUUUUAGAAUGGAUUUAUUUUUCAUUUUUGGAAAAAAGUUAUUUUUAUGGAGCCCUGGUGCCACAGUGGUUAAGACUUGAGGCUGCUAAUCAAAAGGUUGGCAGUUCAAAUCCACUAGCCACGCCUUGGAAACACUAUAGGGCAAUUCCACUCUUUUCUAUAGGGUCUCUAUGAGUUGGAGUUGACUUGAUGUCAAUGUUUUGUUUUUUUUACUUUAUUUUACUUUUCUACAUAAACACAGUAUACACUUUAAAAGAUUUUAAGAAUUGGGUUUCAAGUAUUAUAUUUCUACAUUCUUAGAAUUUACCAUAAACCAAAGCCAAACCCGUUGCUGUCAAGUCGAUUUUGACUCACAGUGACCCCGUAGGACAGAGUAGAACUGCCCCAUACAGUUUCCAAGGAGCGCCUGGUGGAUUCGAACUGCCGACCUUUUGGUUAGCAGCCGUAGCUCUUUACCACUAUGCUACCAAGGUUUCCUUUACUGUAAGAAGUGUUUAAAAAAAAAAAAAAAACUUACCUCGUGAUUACAGUACAAAAUUGCUGCUG